AUGAUGAGUUUCUACAAAGGAAGUUCUCUCAACGCCAUGAAAAUCAUUAGAAAAUCAAUGCAGUUUAGCAAAAACCUCUCAACUUCUUCUCAACUAUUCGGCAAACAUAUAAUCCCUUCACGUAUCUCCUCCGUAUGCAACUUCAGCACCAAUUACAAAAUCAAGCCACCCAAAAAUUUGGGCAUUCACUUUGUUCCUCAACAACACGCCUACGUAGUUGAACGUCUUGGUAAGUAUACUACAACACUGAAUCCAGGACUCAAUUAUUUGAUUCCAUUUAUCGAUAAGAUCCAAUAUGUACAUUCCUUAAAGGAACAAGCAAUUCUAAUUUCAAGACAAACUGGGAUUACCAAAGACAAUGUGCCAAUUGAAAUGGAUGGUGUGCUUUAUAUAAGAAUUAUUGAUCCUGUUUUAGCCUCAUAUGGAACAGAGGACCCUAUUUACGCUGUAGUCCAGUUAGCACAAACUACUAUGCGUAGUGAGCUUGGGAAAAUUACACUUGAUAAGACUUUUGAAGAGCGAGUUGAAUUGAAUAGAUGCAUACUUAAUGCGAUUAACGAUUGGCCUUUACGUACUGAUUGGGGAUUAGAGUGUUUAAGGUAUGAGAUCAAGGAUAUAACACCACCAGAAGGUGUAAGAGUGGCUAUGGAAUUACAAGCUGAAGCAGAGCGUAAGAAAAGGGCGAAAGUCCUGAUUUCUGAAGGGCAAAGACAAGCUGAUGUAAAUGUAGCAGAUGGGAGGAAAAUGGCUGUGAUUUUGGAGUCUGAGGCUGCUAAAAAAGACCAAGUGAAUAGAGCUAAGGGAAAAGCUGAUGCUAUUUUAUCUAAUGCUCAAGCAACUGCGCAUGCAAUUACUGAGGUAUCAAGAGCAAUUCUUGAAGAUGGAGGUUCUGAUGCUACUAGUUUGAGGGUUGCUGAGCAGUAUGUUGAAGUGCUUGAGAAGAUAAACAAGAUGGGGACCGUUACAUUGCUUCCUCAAGAUUCUAGUGAUGCUGCUAGCCUAAUUUCUCAAGCAAUUGCUAUACACAGCAAACUUUCUACCAGUAAGUAGUAGCAGCAGCAGAAGAAGUACUAUUGAUUUCUUAAAGAGUUAGUAGUAUGAAAGCUUAGUAUUUCGACGUAAUUUAGUAGUAGUUCUAGUUUGCAGACGUAAUUUUA